AGUCUCUACUAGUACUAUGGUAUGCGGACAAAGAUGUGUGAUAUCGAUAUGCGUCUUUUUCAGUAUCAGCAUGAUGUCGUCAACGUCAUCGUCAACGUGAUAUAUAUACAUAAUGUUCCACAUUUAGAUGUUGCACGUGCAGUAAAAUAAAUUUUCGACGUCGGGGACGACAAUGUAAGCGAGGUCUUUCUUCCUGGCGUGAUGUAGUUGCCCUAUUACAACGGAAAGACGAAGAUGGAUCAGAAUCCAUUAGACCAUUGUGGCACUGCUAGUAGACGGGACGGCAGCUCCACGGACCCGGGAAAUGGGGAGGCGGUCAUCGGAAUCGAUGACCUGCCGGACCACGCCGCCAUUGCCGGGGCCGCCGGUGUUGCAGGUACAUCAGACGAAGAUCACGGUGGUGGUGCGCUAACUGAUAUGAAACCUCGGGGGCGCGAUCCUCGGAGACCACCAGUGCCCGGCGCUGAUCCGCCACUCCAGUCCGCCCCAUCUGCCAUAGCAGGAGAGAGCGAUGAACCUGAAGAGCCGCUUCCACCAUCGAGCGCCCUGGUAGAUGAUCAACAAGGAGGUUUCGCACCGCAAGCAGGUGCGACGUCGGCGCAUCUUGCCGGCAGCUUUCUGGAUGAAAAUCCUAACGCCUUUUACCCAGAGAGCAACCUGCCCUGCAAGACGGGCAUUCUCGUCCCUAUGACCAUCCAGGCGGAGAAGCGGCGUCUUUUUCACACCCAGAUGCCGGAGCACCUGGAACCUUGCUUCCCGCCACUUGAGGUGCCACCGACAAACCCAUCAGGCGGCGGCCCAGGAGGUGCACAACCUGUGCCCGUCCCCGCCCCGCCUUUUGGCUCGUCCGCGGGCGGAUUCCAUACCAGUGGAGGCGCGGGCAGCAGUCGCAUGGGAACGGCGGCAGGCGGUGGGGGCUCUUCCUCGACCUCUGCCUACCCACCACCCUCGAGCAGUGCAGCUUUUCUGGGCCAGCACUCGACUGCACUGGGUGCUGACCGAGAGUCAGCUGGAGCAAAGACGACCGGAGUGAGUGACUACAGUAUGGGCACCAGUGGGAACAUUCUGGAGGAAGUCUAUCGUCACGAGGCGGACCGCAUCGCGAAUCCGGAAAAGUGUAUGAAUCGCAUUGUCUACGAUUCGGUCGACCCGAGCCCUUUCCUCCAACAAAGAAACGGCAAUCCAGAGGGUGAAGGCACAACCAAGGGACCCUUUUUUUCCGAAAAAAAGCGGAAGAAGCACAAAGAAAAAUCAAGCACAACUCCAGCAUCGAAGCUGCUUACGGGUAACACUGGCUGCGUGACGCACGAGCUGGAUCCGUGGUAUCCGCUCGCGAACGCUCCUCGAGUCUCAGAGCAAUUGCUGCACGUAAACUCUUUUUCGCGCAACACGAGCAAAGAUUCCUCUUCGUCGUCCGGUACCAGCAAGGACAGCAACCGCAGCACGGUAACGAGCGUGGCCGAGCUGCAGAGCAGCAGUUCCUCGUCUGCCUGUAUCGGAAAGAAAAUCUGGUGCGCCUAAGUGCGAUCGAUGAACCACGGCACGUCCUCGACGUAUUCUAGUCAUCCAAGAAAAGCAGGAUCCGAUCUUCCCAUCUCUUCUAAGUAGGUGGCGAGUAUCAACAGAAGGGAGGAGUAGAUAUGAAUAGAUUUUGUAAUAUAAUAACUCGCUUGCACCUACACCUGCACACCUAAUAGUGCGUCGCUUCGUCGUCCAGAUUUUCGAGCGCGAAGCCGAUACUGGCAGUGAUUUUUUUCAGGCACAUUUUCCACCACUUUGUAUUCAAAGGCGGUCCUGCUGUGCCUUUUUCAUCUCGCCGUGAUUUUAUUGUGGCAGCACUUCUGCUUCUGACGUUCCAUAGCUUGUUCUUCGACUGCCGCGCCAGUGAACCUUUGUGGCACGACGACCUGCAAUGGAGGGAUAGGGAACAAAACGAGCACCACAUCGAACAAACUGAAAAACAACUCGAACUGCAACCCCAUGUCAAGCAGUGCUGCCUCCGGUAGUUGCUCGCUGCGACAGGAUCAUGAUGCCGAUGCGGACACGACACUGCAGUUUGAGUCGAGAUUCGAGAGCGGGAACCUGCGGCGCGUCGUCCAGGUUUCGGCGUUCGAAUAUGACUUGGUUUUGAACCCGGACUACAACACGACGUCGCACGCGCAGUGGUUCUAUUUUCGUGUGGCGAACACGCGGAAAAACGUGCGGUACCGGUUCAAUUUGAUCAACAUGAUCAAGCCCACGUCCUUGUACAACGAGGGCAUGCGGCCCGUGGUGUACAGCAUGCGCGAGCACAACGACCCGAGCAUUGGCGGGAAGUGGAUGCGCGCGGGGGAAAAGUGUGCCUACUACCAGAACGGUAUUGCCAAGCUAUCCCACGAAAAAACUGCUUCACUGUGAUGAUUUUGCAAGAUUUGCAUCACAAGUUUGUUACACAUGAAGAAGAAAACUUGGCAUGCGUGCUUCCUAAGGGAAAACACUGCUAAAAAUCCAAUGUCUUGCAUGUGUAGCAAGACAAACACAUUUGCGUUCCGUUCUAUGCAUCACAAGUUUACAGUGAAACAGUUUUUUCUUGCGAUACAAGCGGCGCGGGGUCUACUACACGCUCACCUUUCAGAUCGCCUUUUCCUACGACUUCGACGUGGUUUACGUGGCAUAUGGCGUUCUCAAAUGUUACAUUCUAAAUUGUUACAUGAAUUUGUAAUGCGAGAACGGCAAAAGUGAAUGGGGGAAGCUUGCGCCUUUUGCAUCACAGAUUUGGCACUGAUUUACAUGCUGUUUAGCCCCUUCGAAGAUUUGUCGUGCGAAGCAGCUUAAUGGUGGCGAUCUUGAUGGCAAAUUUGCAUGGCAAAUCAUGUAACAGUUGAGAGUGUAGUAACAUUUGAGAAUCCCAUAUGGCGCAGUGCUAUCCGUACACCUACACCGACCUGCAGUACGAUUUGUCAAAAAUCGAGGAGGACGCGAAGCCCCGCAACUGCUUCCGCCGCCGCAAACUCUGCGAGACGCUGGCUGCGAACGCCUGCGACCUGAUAACGAUCACAAACUUCGCGGCGCCUCCACCCGCUAGCGCAGCGACCGGUGUGCAGGGGAAAAACGGCGCGUCAGCCUCAGCCGGCAGCAGCACAACUCGUGCCGUCUCAUCUACAACAGGCCCUACAACCGCGACGGCGACGUUCAAUCACCUGCGAGAUCGGUUCGGCGUGGUUAUCACUGCGCGGGUCCACCCGGGGGAAACCAGCGCCAGCUGGGUGAUGAAGGGGAUUCUAGAGUUUCUGAGCGGACCGAGCCGCGAGGCGGAAAUUUUGCGCGACAAGUUCGUGUUUAAGCUGAUCCCCAUGCUGAACCCUGAUGGUGUGGUGGUGGGAAACUACCGCUGCAGCCUAGCUGGCCUAGACUUGAACCGUCGGUGGCAGGAGCCAAGUCGCAAGCUGAAUCCCACGAUCUACUUCACGAAAAAUCUGUAUGGAAGUGGUGCGAGCUGGCGGGAAGUCGUCAUUUAAAUGGUGACUAGGUAGGUUUUUAUGUGGUCGAAUAGCGGUCGUAGCGCUACUUACCGAGGACUUGCAGCUCGAACGAACGCUGUCGCGUGCCGCUCCUUAGCGAAAGAAAGAAUAGCUGGCCUUAUUUUUCCUAAUUUGUACGGCUUUACCUUUAUAUGCGUGGCCCGCCCAGCAUUGAGCGCAAGCUUGUACAAGUACGAGGUCUAUUUUGAAAAAUUAGCGACUCUCUGCAUGGCUGCACUCCGAUAAUUUGAUCAAGCGACUUCUGGAGGAUCGGGACAUUGCGCUUUUUCUCGACAUUCACGGUCACUCGCGGAAGAAAAACAUAUUCAUGUACGGAAACAUCCCGGCGGAGGAGCAGGAGUUUGGGGUGGAGCGAAUCUUUCCGAAACUGCUGUCGCAAAACUCUGACUACUUCUCCUUUCCGGACUGCAACUUCAAGCGGGUCAAAGAGAGCACAGCGCGGUGUGUCGUCUACAAAGAAUUCGGGAUUGUCAACUCGUUCACGCUGGAGGCAAGUUUUUGCGGCCCCAGCAUCGGACGGCUCAGGGACAACCAUUUCAACACCCAUCAUGUACAUUUGUCAUUGGCCAAUUGAAUUCUUAUUUAUUUGUCUUUCUCUUUACAUGUGUUGCAGAAAAUGAUCUUUUCGAGCUGUACCAACGUUGGCUCUAGGCUGUGAGUAGGUCAAGCAAAUAAAACGCAUCGAGCAGAGUAGUCUGGAUAUGGCGCCGACCAGAAACAAUAUCCAGCACAUGCACGGCAUAGAAAAGUGUACGCUUUAGUCUUAGAAAGAUAUCGGCGUGUUGCCGGAGCAGUAUGCUGCAUCAAAUUAACCGAAAAAAAAUCAGUUGGAGCGAAUGGGCGCGGAUUUGUGUAAGACGCUUCUCGAUUACGAGAACCAGCAGAAGCUGUCGCAACUGGCGAAGGAGUUGGCGCAGAGUAGCGGUUCCAUCAAUUGCGACAGCGAAGAUGGGAGCGACGUCGAAGAGGUGCCGAGCGACACGGGCGGCGCAGAGAACGGCAAUCGAGGCACCAACUUACAAGUGGUGGGUAGUGGAGCAACCGCUUCGAGCAGUCUGGCACACGGUGGUCAAGGUCAACAAUAUCUGGGAGACUCAACAGCAGCUGUCUCAGACGGUGUAUUCAAUGAUCAUCAAGACGGCCGGGUGGACUUACUCGGCAACAGUGCGCGCCGUGGAGGGCCUCCUGCGCAGCAUUUGGCUACCUCGAGCGCGGUCGUUACUACGACGACACCACGGGGUGGGUACUACAACUCCACCGGCGCUGCUCCUCUAGACGCGGGUGGAAACGUUAAUCUUCUUUCGGUUUUCAGUGCGAGUGGUGCGGAAGCGAAGAAAAUGCAAGUUCCGUCGACGCCGGUGAAAAAGAAGAAAAGUGGGAAUUCGGAGAAAAAGCAAAAGUCCUUGACCAAGAAGACCCGUAGUUCCAACUGA